CUCUGACUGGCUUCUUUAUCAGCGGUCCGGCAAAUCCGCCGCGUUUCAGAGUUUAUCCCUCGUGGCCAUGUGGCUUGGACCGGGCCUCGUACCAUGCCUGUCGUGUUUACCGAUGCCCGAACACUGGGAAAGCUAAGGCCAAUCUGUUCUGCAUCUCAUCAUGGCCGUCCAGUUUCGCUCCUGACAACUCCACCUCCUUACCCAACGUCUCUCGCCUACACUUUUUGUGCUACCAAAGGAUGCUGCAGUCUUUAUUGCGAUAAUGAAGUUUCAGACGUUGACGUAACGCAACGAAAACGCGCGCUGAGCGCUGCCGCUUCCACGAGGCUGUGUUUAGCCUGGAUUGGCCGAUCGCGAUAUGGCCAUGGAGAAGUUUCAGAGAGGCCACCCAGCGCCCGAGCGGGUGAGGAACCGAUCGGGAUCUGGGACUGUGACGGGGGACAAGGUGAUCGCGAAGAAGAGAUCGAGUUUGGGCAGGGCGGCAGGUGGUUUUCAGAGUAGAUUUCUUGCGUCGCUACGGAGUAAGAGGAAGAGUGGUGCAGACGAGGAGCUAGAGCCGAGCCCCUCGAGCCCGUUUCUGGAUGCGUUGUUUCGGUUGCCAGAUGAACUCCACAUUUAUAUGCUGCGCGAGCUGUGCGUCGCGGAUCUACUUGCUUUGAGAAGAACGUCGCGCGUGCUCAACAUGCUUGUGACAGAGAACGCACCUGCGAUUGUGCGCUACUGGGUGAAGAACCGGCUCGGCAAUCUUCAUCUACAACUUUAUCCGGCUCCAAGACCGGACGCGAUCGACUUCCCAUUCUUACUCACUAUGAGACGGCGACACAUAGCGUCCAUCAGGUUGACACGUCAGCUUGCCAAUCACCUUGUAGGGGAGCCAACCGAACAGAAGCAGCUGUGGACAUCGGUGUACGAGAGGAUGCUGCCCCUGGUCUUUGGGGUAGGCUACUUUCUAGAUGAACAUCGACGACUGCUUCUGGAAAGAGAUCUUGGCCACAUUCGACCACGCUCCUGUAUUGGCUAUCACGUCCGUACGACGGGUGGUAUCAGUAGCCAAGAAAGGAAGAUCUUGAAGAACCUGGAUGCACCUCUGCGACUUCAGUACUUCUACAUGUACUCUUUCAUUGUGCAGGUACUGCUUCGAAAGUUGAGACCUUGCAGUCGUGCUGGAGCAGUGGAAAAAUUCCUGCGGGGAUUUUCAAACCAGCCUGCCUGCUCAGAGGAUGUGGCUUUCUUCCUCAUACUUGGUGGCAUCGGGCAAGUUGCAAAGCUCCUCGCUUACCCGGUAUAUAGCGAGCGGCGAAGAUAUCUCCUAACGUACAGAGCUCACAUGUCGCCGCAUACGAGUAAAUGCUGGAGAAAGCACUGGAAGGAUGCUGGUGUGGUUUCACCUGCGUUACUAGACGAUAUCCCUUGUACACAGAUUGGCAUAACACAGCUUGAUCAGGUCUGGGCUCCACUGAUAGCCCAGAUGAUGGAGACGGGGGCGAGAGACUUUACAGAACAGGAAAGGAUACGCUACGAGGAACUGAAGAUGUCGAAGAAGUUCAUCAACGAAGUAAUGGGGUAUGAUAUCCUGCGAGGUCGGGCUGCUGACGGAGGCGACUUGGAUGAUGAGCACGAGCCAUGAGAGCGAGUUAGCAUGUACAGCACCAAGAGAAGACAUUGUAGCGGCCAAACUCUGCACCUUCCUCUGUAAGAAUUGACAUAUGUCGGUUGCCGUGCAAUUUCCGCUUUGCAGCGGUUGUUGAGGCUUGUACUUGGCCGGUCGCGUAGCGCG